AUGUCGAAUAACAGCGCCUAUGCGGUGCCGCCCGUGAAGAAGACUACUACAUCCACAUCAUCCAAAACAGUCUUCCACUUCGCCGCCGGCCUCUGCUCAGGUCUCACCUCCUCCAUCCUCCUCCAACCAGCCGAUCUUCUCAAAACCCGUGUCCAGCAAUCCGGGAAAGCCAACGCCCUCCUCCCAACCCUCAAAGCCAUUCUCUCCUCUCCAAAUCCUAUACGCAGUCUAUGGCGUGGCACACUUCCCUCCGCCCUUCGCACGGGCUUCGGCUCUGCCCUCUACUUCACCAGUCUGAAUGCACUCCGCCAGACGAUCGCACAGACCAACCCUCCGCUCGUCCUGUCAAACACAUCAACAACCAGCACCUCCUCCUCCGCUCUUCCAAAACUCUCAAAUACAGCCAACUUGGCCACGGGUGCCGUCGCUCGUGUCGCCGCGGGAUUCGUAAUGAUGCCCGUCACCGUGCUCAAGGUGCGCUAUGAGUCAGACUACUACGCCUACCGAAGUCUCUGGGGCGCUGGCCGCGAUAUCGUACGCACCGAGGGCAUGCGCGGUCUAUUUGCGGGCUUUGGCGCCACAGCGGCCCGAGACGCCCCAUACGCCGGCCUCUAUGUGCUUCUCUACGAGCAGUUAAAACGGCGUCUUGCCACCAUGACCACAACCGGGUCAACCAACCCCGACGGGACCCCUCUGGCAGGCGUGUCCUCGUCGUCUAUCAACUUCGUCUCCGGUGCCUCGGCAGCCGGUCUAGCCACCGCUAUCACAAACCCUUUCGACGCCGUCAAAACGCGGCUGCAACUAAUGCCCGCCAAAUACGGCAACAUGGUCCGGGCAGUGCGCUUAAUGAUUCACGAGGACGGCAUGCGCAGUCUCUUUGGUGGUCUAGGUCUGCGCAUGGCUCGAAAGGCAUUAAGUUCUGCACUGGCCUGGACGGUAUACGAGGAACUUAUCCUCCACGCUGAGAAGCGUUGGGCCGCGAAUCACCAAAUGAGCUUGUAG